UCUAUUACACCGGAACAAUAUGUGCAAGAAACGAAAAGGCAAAAAUUUUCUGUAUCUUUUAUUAAUUAUGCUUACUUUUAGCUUCUGUAACUGUGGAUGGACAGAAGAUGGAGGGUAUAUUGGACUCUAUCCUGGCGGGUGCACCGUAAAAAGUGACUGCCCAAUGGAUGAGAGAUGCAUGCAUUCAGUAGAGGAGACAGUUUGUCCUAGUGAUCAUCAAAAUUUAUGCAGGUGUACUUUAGGUUGUGAGAUUGAUAAUCUAAUUGUCCGUUAUGAACAGUGGCGACCCAUUCCAGGAAAAGGAUUCUGCAAGUGUAUCAAUUCUUUAACAAAUGAAUCAGACUGUGUGGAGCACUUAGACUUAUGAAUGAGACAGAUGAAAUAAAGAGAUGAUGAACAUUUUCAUGAAGUUUAAACUUAAAAGAUUCUCAUAAAUGCUGAUGUUGAGCAAGUUUUUUUUUUUUUUUUUUAUUUCAUAUGUGUGCUCUAAUGAGACAAUACUUACACAUCUUCAAUAAUCCAUUUUAUCAAAAUUUUAAAGUUUGAACUAUAUUACUUAAAAAAUAUUAAGGUCACAAUGAACCAGGUAC